AUGACAAAGACGACCGCUGCUGAAGUUGACUAUAAGUCUGGUGAUCUUGACCUUCUGAGUUCCGGAAACUUUUCUGAUGUUGAAGUCGUCUGUGGAGAUCGUUCGUGGAAGUGUCACGGGGCCAUCCUUGUGCCGCGCUGCCUAUGGUUCCGCAAGGCUCUCACGGGUCCCUUUCAGGAGUCAAAUACCAGAAAGAUCACCCUUGCAGAGGAAGACCCCAUCUGUAUCGAUCUCGUUCUCAAGUACAUUUACGGUGGUGGUAGGCAUACUAGUAGAUCACAACGCGAAUUGCUCAGGCUAACAUUAAAAUAG